GCAGGAUUCCCGUGCGACCCACCCACUCUCGCGUUUAGAAUUCCCCGCGCGCAUGAUUUCUCCCUCCUCCCCUCGCCGUGACGUCACAGUGGAGCUCAGCCCGCCUGGUCUCCGCCAUGUCCUCCACCAAUCAGCGCGCGCAGAGUUAUGGCGAAUGGAUCCAAUCAGGGCCGCAUCCGAGCGGCGGAGGGAUACGCGAGGCCAACGACGAUAUCAUUACCGAGCGCGGUAUGGAGAGGAAACGGUGGGAGUGCUCGGCCCUGCCGCAGGGGUGGAAGAAGGAGGAGGUGACCCGGAGGUCGGGCCUGUCCGCCGGCAAGAGCGAUGUCUAUUACUAUAGGUGGGCUGGGGGGGGGGAUGGGGGAGCUGGGGGGAUGGAGGCAGGAAAGCCCGGCAAUGCCAUGCAGAUUAAGGAGGUGGGGGGGCCAGGGGGGGCACAGGCUCCACAGAAGAAUGGGGCGAGAUGGAGAGAGGUUGGUCAUCAUGGUGGGCAGACAAAGACAUGGCACAAACAGCCAGCAAGGAGACAGCCAGAGAGGGAGAGAGCGUGGGGGGAUGGAGGGCAGGUGAUUAGGGAUUGAUUACUGAUUAUUAGUUAUUGAUCAGGGAUUAACGGGGGAGACAGACAGGCUGAGAGAGCAUGGGGCUGGGAGAAUUCAAAUACCAUGCUUCUAGAGAUUGAUAAACUUUUUUUUUUGUUUUUGUGUUGAUUUUUGUGUGUUUUUGUUUUUUUUGGAUUGCAUUUAGUUGUUCAGAAUGGGAAAAACAAAAAAUGCAGAUGGCCAGCAGAAUUAGGUAUGGUGUAAAGAAAAAAAACAAAACGUUUAGAGAACUGUAACUCUUGCACUCUAAGAGACAACUUUUUUAUUUUAUUUUUUUAUAUAUGUUUUUUUUUUUUUUUAUGGGGUGGGGGGGGAAGUAAUAAAAAAAAAAAAAAUGAAAAGCAAAAGAUGGUUGUGAUUAAAGGAUCCUAAGCUGCUUGUUUUUUUUUUGGUCAAGUAGUGGUACAAAAAAUGUAAAUAAAUAUUUGGUUGAUGGGGAAAGGCUCGAGCACAGAUUAGUUUGUCAGGACAAAGGGGUAUGGCAGCCGGAAGGGUGAGUAAAAGCACAGCUGGUAGUAGUGGGUAGAGAUGGUGGUAGUGGGUAAAGCAGGCUCGUGGGGGUAGGUAGAGGGGAUUAUAGAGGUGGUUAUAGUGGCAGCUAGAGGUGGAGAAGUUUUGCCUGUGGAAAUAAGUAGAGUGCUGUGCAUUGUCGCUGUCUGCGGCAUGUAGAGGGGUGAGCGUCGCCGCUGGUGGCGCCAUGAAGAGGGGAGCAAAUAUGUUGGCGGCAUAAGGGAGUGAGGACGGAGUUGGUGGCAGUAGCUAGAAAUAGUCACAGGAAUAGGUCCAUGAAUGACAUCUGACAUAGAUGGGAUAGCUGUAUGCACCAAUGGGUGAUCACCUGUUCAAAGUAAGCGUUCAAGUGUCCUAUUUCUGAAGUUUUUUUUUUUUUUCUCUGGUUUCAGCCCGAGCGGCAAGAAAUUCCGCAGCAAGCCACAGCUGGCCCGUUAUCUUGGAAACUCUAUGGACCUCAGCACUUUUGACUUCCGCACUGGGAAGAUGCUGAUGAGCAAAAUCAACAAGAACCGCCAACGCAUGCGGUAUGAUGGGCUAAACCAAGCUAAGGUAUUAGAUCUGCGAUUCAUAUUAUACAAGAGCAAAUGGGUUCUGAUGGGUUUCAUAUAUCUUGGAAGCAAACUGACACAAUUUCACUUUCUUUGUAGGGUAAACCCGAUCUAAACACAGCACUUCCUGUCAGACAAACUGCAUCCAUCUUUAAGCAGCCUGUAACCAAGGUGACCAACCAUCCCACUAACAAGGUUAAAAGUGACCCUCAAAAGGCAGUUGACCAACCACGUCAGGUAAGACAUGUCUGAUUAAUGUGCCUCUUACUCUUUUGGGCUGUUUUGUAGUUGUAAAAUGUAAAAAAAAUUACAGUUUUUAACAAAUUAUUCUAACUUUUAAUUUUUUUUUAUUAUUAUUCAUGUUUCUUCUCACCAGCUCUUUUGGGAGAAGAAACUUAGCGGAUUAAAUGCAUAUGACAUAGCCGAAGAAUUGGUGAAAACUAUGGAACUGCCAAAAGGAUUACAAGGUAACUUCAAAAUGGUAACACGUAAACUGCAAUGGAGAUAAAUGUGAUACUUGUGUAUAUUUUUACUGAUUGGUUUAAUGGUGUCCGUAGAAUUUAUGAUGGGAACUACAAAUUUAGAUUUCAUGUGUGAGUAGAAAACUGGUGUUGAAUGUUGUGAUCGGAAGGGUUUAAUGACAUAAGUAACAGGACAAGUCCUUUUCAUGGUCUAUAUUUUGCAGCACAUAUUACAAUAAAACAAGCAGGUACAUUAGCUGUCACCUUGCUAUUUAAAGGAACACGAUAGUCCCCCAAAACAAUGUUAUCUUAAUGAAACCAUUUUGGUGUAUAAAUCAUGCCCCUGCAGCCUGCUCAAUUCUUUGACAUUUAGGAGUUAAAUCACUUUGGUUUCUGUCCCUGAAGCCCUAGCCACACCUCCUCUGGCUUUGACUGAUGAAGCCUGCAUUUCAUUUUCAGUCAGAUGUUAAUUUGAUAUUAAAGUUUUUAUCUACUGCUUUGUAAAACUCUGAACUGCAAGGUAAAGCAAGCUAUUAACAACGCAGGAAAUAUGGAAUUCUAAAUUAAGCAGACUGUACAAUAAAGGAAGUAUAAACAUUAGAUCACACUUUACAAGGAUACUUUGCAUAUUACUUGCAGGAAGGUGUGGCAAGGGCUGCAUAAACAGAAACGAAAGUGAUUUAACUCCUACAUUGCAGAGAAUUGAGCAGUAAGACUGCAGGGGUGUUAUCUAUACAUCAAAGCUGCUUCAUUAAGCUAAAGUUGUUUUGGUGACUAUAGUGUCCCUUUAAAGUUGCCAUGUGGAAAAGUUUGAUAAUUGGUAUAUCGUAGGCAUUACAGAUUGUGAUGUGGCAGAAAUAAAGGGGUACAUUCAAAGUGAGCCUUGCAGGGUUAUUCACUAAAUUUAGAAUUUUACAAAUUAAAUCAAUUGGUAAGAAUAGCUGAUCUGUAAACAUUCUCUAACUCAGCCAUAGUCACAACUACAGCUAUUGUUUCUACUCCUUUUUAUGUACAAAAUAAUCUGGGUAAAUUUAAUAACUCUGAUAGUCUUCCAGAAAUGUUUCUGUAGGGAGGCUACUGGCAAGAAUAAGAAACUACGUGUGACUGACCACCUGCCCACCCCCCUGACUGGGUACCUCAGUCAAUUGCUGCUUCCUAGUACUUGCGAGUACAAUAACCACCGUAAACCCCACGAACCGCCGCAGCUUGGUUGGAGUCUUGUUGUCCUCCACCCACCCUGGACCCAAGACCAGGACCUAGCUUCCAGUGGGUAGACCUCUCCUAGUCCAGAGAGCGUAGCAGUAACAGCUCCUAUGUUACAUCCCCUGAUAACCCUUAUCUUGGUGACCAACAUAUCCAAAAAUCACCCAGAUCAGUUCAGGGAUUCAAGAAUUUCCUGGAAGUCAUUUAUUUGACCGACCGCAGGCUAUAGAAUAGCGGCUAAGUGCUGCUGGAGGACCGGCCUGGAAACCGCAAGUUUUCAUCCAGAAAAUAGUUCCAGGGCAUUCGCAGUCCCCCUGAAGUCUAUUCUCUGUUUUGGUCCAUGCUAACAAGAUGGCCGCCACCUCGUGGUCGUCCAUGGGAAUUGCGGCCACCCAGACAAACACUUAGACCUAGUACUAGGAAGCAGCAAUUGGCUGAGGUACCCAGUCAGGGGGGUGGGCAGUGGAAAUUGCAACAAUGUAUCAAUUAAGUUUAACAGGCUCCAGCGUGGUCUCCGGUUUGUGCAGCUGUUCGGUAAACAAACCAUAUAGUCCCAAUUGCACGAACAGAGCCUGUUUAAAGUAUUUUAGCCAGGUCUAUUGCAGGGGCCAUAGUCACAGGGUAGGAGGCUGGCAAACAGGCCCUUCCAAAAACCAGAGGCGAGGUUACUUUCGCCACAUAUCUUUCCUCCCAAGGGGAGACUGGCCAGGUACCUGACCUCCUGCCGGUCAGUUCCUGAGUUAGUAGAGUAGCCAACCCAUAAACAAAUACUGGACCUGGUGACUUCUGUAGCCCAUCUCUGUCCUGUAUGUCCCCAGCGGUCAAGUGGGCACCCGGUCUCCCUUGUACUCCCAGGCAUGGAGUUGUAGGUACUUGGUGGGCAGAGGCCAGCGGCUUUCUGCCCUGUAGCCAGCAUUACAGCUGGGUAAGUCAGGGGGUUGUCCGGUCUUGGACUGAGGACAAGGGGAGGGCAGAGGCCAACUGCGCUCUGCCCUGUUGCCAGCGCUUCUGCUGGGAUAGCCUGCGGGUAUUCCGGCCCUGGACAAAGGGUAGGCCAGAUGCCAGCUCUUCCACUGGGUGGACUGGUACGUAGUCCUGCCCUGUAACAAGGGGGCAGGGCAGAGGCCAGCGGCGCUGUGCCCUGAUGCCAUCUUUUUUGCUGGGAUGGGGUCAACGGAUACUACCCCCAGGACCUGGUUGAGGAUUUGCUGUGGAGAGGAGGGAUCGCCUACCUCUUCCUCCUGGCAUUCAGGCGGUGUUGGUUGGGGAUCCGGACCGGCCAUCCAGCAUCCCUGUAGGUCUGGUGCAGAGACCAGUCCCAUCUGCACCAUUGGGGUCAGGAGUGCUGUCCCCUGUAGUGUGGGAGAGGGACCAGCUGUCUCCUCUUCCGGUAUAUCCGGCUGCCGCUGGGGAGUGAGACCAGCUGUCUCCACUCCCUGUAACAGUAUCUACCGCUGGGGAGAGAGGACGAUAUGCUCCUCUCCCUGUAAUGCAAACUGCAGCUGGGGAGAGGGACCGGCCUACUCCUCUCCCUGACACACACACACACACUCACUCACUCACUCACUCUCUGCCGCUGGGCAGGAAGGACUACACCUUCCGCUCCCUGUACUUCACACUGGUGCUGGGGAGUGAGACGGACUGUCUCUUCUCCCAAUAACAUACUCUGCCACUGGGGAGUAGGACCGACUACGGCUGUAGCUGGGGAUCUGGGCCGGUGGAGAGACUUCGGUCCCAUAUCCACCUGCCAGUUGGGGUUCAUCACAGGACCAGUCCGAGGUCACUUACUUCAUAUACCUCCGGCUGCCGCUGGGGAGAAGGCCAACAUCCUCUGAUGUAAAGUCAAAUAAAUCGGUGGGCGCCUCUUCUCAGAUCAGUUGCACCACCUCUCCCGAAGGGCUCCUGCAAACCUCCUUUCGCUGGAGACUUCCUCCCCUCGUUUUAGCCAUCAGGAACGCAUGGUCUCUUUUGGCUUGUCUCACUGCCAACUAGUUCCAGAUCGCCUGGAACGUCUCCAUUGACACAGGGCCAUACCAGGCCAGUUGCUGCCGCAACUCUGAGCAAGAGUCAGAGGAUGCCAUACUUGCCUGCUCCAAAUCGGUGGGCACCUCUGCAUCCAGGGGCGCUGCACGAAUGCAAGCGUUGCCCUCAAUAUACUGCACACGUUACCGGUGUCUUCAGGUUACUUGUCCUCACACCAUCCCGCCACUGCCACCAAUAUGACGGACCGCUUGGCACCCCGACCGGGUACCUCCGUCAAUCACUGUUUCCUGGUACUUGUGAGCACCAUAAGCACUGUAAAUCCCAUGAACUGCCGCAGCUUGGUUGGGGUCUCGCCGUCCUCCGCCCACCCUGGACCCAGGAUCCGCCCUUCCAGUGGGUAGACCUCUCCUCCUCCAGAGGGCGUAGCAGGAACAGUUCUUAUAAGAGCUAGUGAUUAUACUAAGGGGAGUAUUGUGGUAUAGCAAUCCCCAGAGUUAAUGUAGUUCUCCAAUUCCCGAAAAAUGAGCCAAGACUUCAUGAAGGGGUAAACAAAUCUGUUUAAUGGGAGCCACACUUGGCCAUAUAUGACAAUCCCCAUGCAAGGGGUACGCCCACAGUGACCUUGUGGGAAACUGAUUUGCAACUUCACAGACCAAUAACAAUAAGGUUACAAGGCACGACAUUCUCACACACAGCACACAAUCCCUCCACUGUGCUUGGAAGAUAAUUGGAUCAGUAACUGAACUAAUUCUAAUCCAAUUCUCUCCAAGCACAGAAAAAAAAAAAACUUUUUUAAAACACCCUAAAAUACAUAAAACCCCAAUGUUACAUUCCCUGAUCUGGGUGACCAACAUAUCCAAAAAUCACCCAGAUCAGUUCAGGAAUUUCCUGGAAGUCAUUUAUUUGACCGACCGCAGGCAUGGUCCCAUAUCCAAAAAUGGUUCCAUAGAAUUGCGGCUAAGUGCCGCUGGAGGACCGAUUGGGGAAACGCGAAGUUUUCAUGCCGAAAAUAGUUCCAAGUCUAUUCUCUGUUUUGGUCCAUACGAACAAGAUGGACGCCACCUCGUAGUCGUCCAUAGGAAUUGCGGCCACCCAGACAAACACUAAGACCACUAUGGUGGAAAUUGCAACAAUGUAUCAAUUAAGCUUAAGAAGCUCCAGGGUGGUUUCCGGUUCGUAAACAAACCAUAUAGUCCCAAUUGCACGAACAGAGCCUGUUCUAUUGCAGGGGUCAUAGUCACAGGGUAGGAGGCUGUCAAACAGGCCCCUCCAAAAACCAGUGGCGAGGUUACAUUUGCCACACUACGGAAAUGAGCCACAGAGAGCUUGUUUAAAGGGAUCCUGGCACUAUAGGUUUAAUAGAUCCCCCUUCUCCCUCUGGACUCCCCUCCUGCAGGGCUGAAGGGGUUAAAACCCCUGGAGAGAAAAAUAGAAAUUGAGAUGGAGUAGACAGGACCACUCACAAAAAUGAGGGUGGUCCUUCCUCCAAAGAGAGAACCUCUUAAGGGUUACAAAUCCAUGUGCGUGGUAUAAACCUUUUAUUGUUAUCUGGCCGAAAUCAUAGUACAAAAUCAAAAUAAAAUAUUAUAUGGGUCAAAAAAAAAUUAUAAAAAGUGCAAACCUAAGUGAUAAAUCAAGGUGCUAAACCUAAAGUGUAAAUCUUAAAGUGUAGGGAGAUAGGUCCCAAAUCUCAGUAUCAUACAUCAGAGGAUCCCAUGUAUAUCAGGUAUAUAGCUUUAAAUAGAUCAAGGAAUAGAAGGGUACCUCUGAUACAUACGGAUAGUACUGUGGUCUGAGGGGAUGUGGAAGCUUAAGGAAGUAGGACAGGGGUGAGGAUCACAUUGUAUCUUUACCUCUUCAGUGUAGCUAGUACAUAUCGCAUACAGCUACUCCAGAAAGAACAUUUUGAUACAUAGACCAGCAUCCAAUACUGGGUGAGAGGGAUAUAUUUCCUCUCAAAAUAGUAUAGUAUUCAAAGUCAAUACGUACUUUACAAUAAGGGAGGAAUUGUAUGUAGAGCCCAAUUACAUAAACCUAAAGGGUGGCAAUCACGCUACCCAUAUCGAGGGCAGUAUAUCUUAUAACUACCUAUGUUCUAUAUACUGCCAUAAUGCUAACUCAAAAGGUAACGGUAAGGUAGUCACAGGGAUCCCCCUUAGUAAGCACUGUUAGGUCUGAUCUGCUUCACGGCAGCCUAGCUACAUAGUCCCCGCUGAGUUAUAGUAGUGAGAACAGGAGCCUGUACCUCCCAGACCAAGCAGACCUCCCUAACAUCACAUAAUUAUAACUAGAAAAGUUACAAUUUCAGGGGAAAUUGUGUGAAGUGUUCUUGCCUCCACCUGUAGUCUACAACUGGAGUGGGCGACGUAACUGUUAUCAUUUAUAUAACACAUUUAAUUGCAACGUUGUUGCACAGUUACAUUAAACCAUACAUUUAUAAAACAUUAGCAGGUGUUCAAAAGGCCCUGUCUAUGACAUCACUUGCUGCUGCAGCCUGACACAGGUCAGAGUAUUUUGGCGGUUGACAUCUUCAAACGGUCGUAUUUUAAAAACUAUAAAUCCUACAGCGAAGAGCUUUAUAUUGUGAGAAUCACAAGACCCAGACCUACAUUUUGAUGCAUAGUAUGUCUCUGAAGUAUUAAAAAAUGAAGGCACAGUCGCAGUUUAGAAAUUGCACUUCAAAUUUGAGCUUUGUAGAGUGAAGUUUCAAUGAAUGUCAAUGGACGGCGUUAGUUGCAAACAAAUGAUUAGAUUGUGAAAACUAUCAGGACUAUGGCUUAGCCGUUGACAUGUUUAGAGGCAGCAGGGAUAGCUGAACGUUUUGAUAUAAGAUUUGUGUAGGUGGGCCUGAAAAUAAGGGAGUGGUGGCAGUUUAGAAAUCAUGUCCUGAUUUUUCAGUUUUUGCCAGCUCCCACUCUAGCUUUGCCAUUCAUUCCUAUGGGACAAAUUUCGCCACAAGAACGACGAUAUUCCGCGAACCAUUCGGCGAAACGUUCCACAAAGUAAUAGCAAUCCGAUCGGGAACAAUCUGCACGUUUUGGUAAAUUUUUGUCUAUGUAGUGUAAAACUGUGGGAGGAGUUAGGGUGGCAAAUUUUGCUAUAAUAAUAAUAAUAAUAAUAUAUAUGUGAGAUAACAUUAAGUGGUCUUGCUAUGCAAGAACACUUAAUAAUAAUAAUAAUAUAUAUGUGAGAUAACAUUAAGUGGUCUUGCUAUGCAAGAACACUUAAUAAAAGAAAAAACAUUGUCAAGAAAGCGCUCGACGCGUGUUUCAGUGUACGGGUACGCCUUUAUCAAGAGUUGAUUGGCAAGUGGAGCAGCGUGUGUUUAAGAGGUAGCUGUAAAGCCCUCCCACUUCCCUAGUUUGCCCAAGGGGGCUGGCUCGUGGGAGUGUCCUAUGCAACGCUCUUCCAGACUGUCUCAUUGGUUAGCUAAAGUAUCAAUCGAGCAUCCAGAGGAGGGACUAUACGCGGUCUCUAACCGAUAUGUUAUUGGUUACCGUGGCAACCCACGGUUACAAAGACCGUAUUCAUAUAAUCCUUUUAGUGUAAACAGACAAUCACAUUUUCUGUACAUGAAUUAAAUCAAAUCGCCACCUGGUCAGGAGUGAUUGACAUUGAUCCCUGGGUGGAGUAUAAAUAAUAUUCAGAGAUGUAAUAGAUCUGUCUGCUAAUAUUCAAAACUGGUUAUAAAUAUAGCUACAGUUAUUUUAUAGCAGGCACUGUAGCUAUAUACAGGUUCCUUCCCCUAAUAAAAAAUGUCAUUUAAGUUAUAUUGAUAAGGUUGUGGUUUAGAAGGGGGUACAGAGCCUGAAAUAUAUAAACUCCCUGGAAUUAGAGAUGCUGGGGGGCGCCUAUAAUUAAGAUCGCUCUAAUUGUAAGCGAUCUAUACCACAAAGAUGGAUAAAUGUUCAGAAAAAUAUUUACAAGUGUGUGUGUAUCCGUGUGUGUGUGUGUAUAUAUAUAUUGUGUGUGUGUGUGUGUGUGUGUGUGUGUGUGUAUAUAUAUAUAUGUGUGUGUGUGUGUGUGUGUGUGUAUAUAUAUAUAUAUGUGUGUGUGUGUGUGUGUGUGUGUGUGUAUAUAUAUAUAUGUGUGUAUGUGUGUGUGUGUAUAUAUAUAUAUAUAUAUAUAUAUAUAUAUAUAUAUAUAUAUAUAUAUAUAUAUAUAUAUAUAUACAUAUAUACACACACACACACACACACACACACUAUCCUAAUUAUACAUAAUGUACAUGAAAGGUAACGUAGAGUAGUCACUUAAAUGGGUCAAAAAUAGGGGACUUAUUUAAAUAAAUGGAGAGAAGGAAAAACCUUAAUUCAAGCCUCUUGGAUUUAGAGUGUUAAGUUUAUGAAUCCAUCUACACUCCUUCUGGUGCAGGACUCUGUCAUAGUCACCCUGUCUUUGGUUGCGUUUGACCAGUUCCAGACCACAGAACCUGAUGUCUCUUGAUAUGCCACCAUGGCAUUCUUUAAGGUGUCUGGAAAUUGGAGUCUCAACACGAUUUUUGGGGGAUCUCACGUGUUCUUUUAUCUGUUCCUUGAACGGCCGAAACGUUUUACCCACGUACAUGAGCUUACAGCUGCAUGUCAGUAAAUAAACUAGCCCUGCACUGUUACAAUUAAAGAAGUGAGUAAUUUUAAAUUAUUUAUUCCCUUCGCUAUCUGUCACGCUUUUCGAAUCUCGUGACAUAUACUUACAGGCAACAAAUCUGCCGCACCCAUAUGUUCCAAUGGGAAUGUUUCGUUUAAACCAUGUAGUUGGUGAAUUCAGUUUAGUGGAGAAGUGACUUGGAACCAGUAAAUCAUAGAGGCUUUAGGACCCAGGACACUUUUUAAAUGAUUGUCUGUCUUUAAGAAGAAUUGGCCAAAAUUUCUGCACAGAAUUAUGUACUUCGUUCCAACCUGUGUCAUAGGUGCCAAUCAUUCUUAUAGUUUUGUCUAGGGACUUGGUUUCCUUCAGACGAUCUGACAGAAGAUCUCUUCUAUCAGUCUCUAGGGCCCUUCUAUAUGCUCUUUUAAGACCUUUAUUUGGGUAACUCUUAAAACCCCCUUCAGCCACUUACCUGAAUCCAGCACCGAUGUCAGUCUUACUUUAGACGGCGGGGGAGACCUAAUGCACAUUAGACCUCCCCAUAGGAAAGCAUUGUUUAAUGCUUUCCUAUGGGGAAAAUCUGACGUGAGGACGUCCAGCGUCAGAUAACAGACCAAAAGUCCGUUUGGAUUCCGGAAACGCAUCCAGUGACUGUCUGGUAGACUGCCACAGAGGCAGACCUAGAGCUGCAAUUUCUCUGGAACUGCAAUGUUUUACAUUGCAGCACUAAGUGCAAAAGGGUCACAGCACCCAGACUACUUCAAUUAGCUGAGGUGGUCUGGGUGCCUACAGUGUCCCUUUAACAUUCACCAGUUAGUGGUGGCAACUGUAAAUAUCUGCUGACCAACACAGAAGCUUGACAAGGCUAAAAAAACAUGUUAAGAAACAUAUGGGUGACCAGUUAGUUCAAAUAGUUACAUAUAGUGGCGUAACCUGAGUUAUGGUCGCCCAGGACAGAACAAUAUUUUGUUCCAUGUACCACACCCUAUCCCCCCCCCUUUGGUUGUAAGGCUAAUUCAACACAUGUAAAGACUAUAGUAUUUGCUGUUAAAGUGCAUUACAAUUGUUUUUUAAUAAACCCUUAAAGCAAUAGGAAAAAAAAACCAAAAACUUUUUUUUUUUUUUUUUUUAAGCGUUUAUUUGAAUGUAUGUAUUUGUGUGUAGUGUUGGCAUUUGAAUUCAGUUAUAUGUACUGCUGCUUUUGGAAAGCCGUGGUAUACUUGUGUUUAGUGUUUGUAUGUACAGUUGGUGUUUGCACAAACACAUACACUCUGACUCAUACACACUAACAGACACACCCCCUGACAAGCACAUUCUCAGUGGCACACACACUCUCACUGACACACUCACACAUUCUUGAAUGCACAUUCACAAAUUAAUUUGUUUUGGGAUUUUUUAGGCCCCUCCAGCCUUCCCUUCCUUUUAGGAGAGCUGAUGUGAAUCCUCUCCCUGGGAUCCAGGGGAGCUCCUGCAUUCUCACAGGCCUCCACUGUUCCCUUUCGCACUGUUUAGUGAGGCCAUGGCCAAAGUGAUGUCAUACUUUGGCUCCUGGUAUCACCACAGAGGGCGCACGAGGGAGUAGUGUGAGGAACUAGAAGAUCAGUGCUCCGUCGCCACCGCUUCCUGUCUCCUCCCCCGGUAUACUUUGGCAUAGUAGGCACCUGACGUCCAGAUAAACAGGUGCCUACUCUGCCUGAGGGAAUAAGUGUCCGCUCUGGGGGUGCCUUAAGGUGAUCAGUAGUUCACAUCAUGGGCCUGGUAUCAGCCAUCAGCCCUUUCCUCUUCUCGUGUGUUGCUCUGUUAACAAGUGUCAUAAGUGUAAAAUCUUUUUAUUCAGUGGUCCAAUUCCCGGAGAGGUGAAUGUUCCCCUUAUAAAGGAGCAUUCUUAGUACUAUAACAUGUAACAUGUACAUCUGUUGAGUUUAUGGUACUAGUGGAGUGUGGACACCAUCCUCCAGUUCAUGAGCAGACUGAUUUAGAGCAGUUUGACACUUCUGCCUUAGCAGCAUCGGGUUCGGUCAUUUUUGGACAGCAUCGAACAUAAGCUUUUUUUUUUUUUUACUUGAAUGUAUAUAUAAAGGAAAGGAAAAAAAAUGCAUAGUAUUUAAUAUGGGGAAAGAUAACUUGAUUUAGGUGUUCAUGUUUGUGGUGGUUGAGAUUAACAAUGUCACAACCCGGGCUGUGGAGUCAGAAGCAAUUAUGGGUUACCGGAGUUGAAGGUACCAUAAAAUAAAGAGUCAAAAGGUUUUUUGGUUUUUUUUGUUUGUUUUUUUUAAUACAGACUCCACAGCCCUUGUUGCAACAGGUGAAAUGACUAAUGGAGCACUGUAGGGUCAGGAACACAAACAUGUAGCCCCUUCUUGCCUCCCUGAAUAUAGUAAAAUCUUGUAUUCAAGUCUGAAGCUGCAGUCUCUAUCUGCUGACAUCAUCAGAAGUGGUGGUCUGAGCCAAUCACAAUGUUUCCCCAUAGGAUUGGCUCAGACUGUCAAGGAGGCAGAUCAAGGGUAGAGCCAGCACAAGUCAAACACAGCCCUGGCUAGUCAGCAUUUCCUCAUAGAACUGAAUUGAAUCAAUGCAUCUCUAUGAGGAAAGUCCAGUGUCUGCAUGCACAGGGUGGAGACACUGAAUGGCAGUGCUGCUUACUCUGCAGCACUGCUCAGGGAAGCGGCUUUAGCAGCCAUUUGAGCAGUUGUGUUAUCCAUAGACUGUAAUGGAAACACAGCAUUUUCAAUGAAAAGACCGUGUUUACAGCAAAAAUCCUGAAGGGAAUGAUUCUACUCACCAAAACAAAUGCAAUAAGCUGUAGUUCUGGUGACUAUAGUGUCUUUUUUUUAAAUAGAUUACAGACCCUCCUGCAGUAGGCUUAGGAAAUGAAAGCACGUCUGGUCAGCCUCUGUUUUACCUAGUUAUUACAUUUGCUAAACCAAUUGCGCUCCGUUUUUAAUGAUUUCAUUUUUGUGUUACAAUGUUAAUCUACCCUCUCCUCCAUAGGUGUUGGACCUGGAUGCACAGAUGAGACUCUACUCUCUGCAAUAGCCAGUGCGUUACACACAAGUACUAUGCCAAUUACUGGGCAGCUCUCUGCAGCUGUGGAGAAAAACCCUGGAGUUUGGCUCAACACCUCCCAGCCACUCUGCAAAGCCUUUAUGGUGACAGACGAGGACAUCAGGUAUGGAUCACUUAAGAUAUUACAACACUGUUCAUUCGUUGUUUUCCGGAAAACAACUGUGUUCCCCUGUAGCUGAAUUUUAUUUUCUUGGACUUCCCAGCAUUCUCUGUGGCCAAAGGGAGGCUUCUUUCUUUACUGUGCCACUACUUUCCCUUCUGCUUCUGGUGACUUCAUAUUCUAGGGGCCAGAGUCACUGAAGUAUUCUUGCGCAUGCACAUUCUUACAGUCUCUACACAGUUAAGAGAAUAAUAACAUCUUAAUUAGGUUUGGAAUUUUUAACACAAAAUCUUAUCUAAUUGUUUCUUUUAUCUCUUUGCUAAUUUUACACCUAUUCUUAAAAUUAUAUUUUGUUAGAGUAACUCAAACACUGGGUUUGAUUAGAGUAAUCCUUUCUGAGGUGGUCCGCUCUCCCAAAGUUUAAUAGCAAAAUUAUAUAAAGAAAUGUGAAACUUGCCUCUGCUUCAUUGCUGAGUUCUCCCUUCAGCCUGAUCCUCCUUGGCUGACAUUACCCCCUCUCACCGGAGAUGGGGGGGCAGUGCUGUUAUUGGGUGUCUGGUACCGGCAUAAUGUGUGUUCCAGUGGCAAUUCUGCACAAAAUUGACAUUUGCCAGCCUAGAAAUUAGUUAUCUUCCUAAUUAGUGAUGCUGCCGGAGGUGUAGCUACAGCAGCUAAGGGAUUAAUCUCUAUGUGCAGCGUUCCAAAGUGAAAUGCUGCAAAACAGUCUCCAAGCACCAUGACCACUUCAAACCAAUGAAGUGGCCGUAAUCCUUAGUCAAUGGCGGAUCUAGGGGGGCAAUGGCCCUCCAGCUCCGCCUGGUCUCCUCUUGCGAGCUCUGAGUGUUGCCGCAGUUACCAUGGCAACGCUCCAUUCUUGCAAAAGUGAUCUCUAGCCAUUGGAGCUGCAGGCUAGAGUUCACUACCCACUAGGAUUACCUGCGGAUUCUCCACAGGACCACCAUGGAUUCACAAUCGAUAUCCCCCUCCCUGGGCAAUUAAAAAAAAAAAAAAAAACACAUUUGUUUUAAUCAGCCCCCUCCCCCAACUACACACACACUGCACCCCCAUGCACACACUACACCCCUCACACACUGUCGUCCCUUCCACCCCUGCACUGCCUCACACACACUACUAUAGGCCCUAUCCUGGCAGACCCCAGGUAAAUUGACAAAAUGUUCUUAAUGGCUUGAUUACUUACUCUGGGAUGGCAUUCCUGGCACCAUAACCAGUACAGAGAGCUGUAGUAUUUAUAGUGCUUAGAUUGUUCCUUUAAAUAAUCUGAGUGCCCCUUCUCGAGAUGAGGCUCUGGAUCCGCCCCUGCUUAGAGUAACUCUUUAAUUGCCCCCAAUGUUAAAAAGAUCUGUUAGCUUUACAUUGAAUCAAUUUAAUGGGACAUUUCGGCACCAACACAACUUUAGUAGGUAUAUACAUAGAGUGCUUCUGGUCUUAAUGAAAAAUUUAAUGUGUGUCUUUCUGGUAUGAGUGAACCUGGCUAAGGGGAAUUACAGCGUGUUAAUGAGGUCAUAACCUAUUAAAUGCAUGUCUUUUUUUGGACUGAUGUGAACAGCCUAUCACCGGUGCACAGUCCAAGUCUUCCACAUUGAAGUUGGGGCUGGGAGAGUAGACACAGGGACCUGGAGUAGGGUGAUGUCUUGAGCACUUUGGGGAUAAACUGUUAAACCCCUUAAGGUGCAACUGCAUCCAGGACCCCUAGGCACCAUAACAAAUUCAAUGUUUUGGAGCCGUGAGUGUCCACAAAUAUGCUAUGGAUGUUGUAGCUUAUAUUGACCACAAUCAUGAUGAUUCUUUCAGAAAACAAGAAGAACUUGUGCAGCAAGUGAGGAAAAAACUGGAAGAAGCUCUUAUGGCAGACAUGCUUGCACAUGUAGAUGAAAUCUCCAAAGAUGGAGGUGCUCCAGUGGAUAAAGAUAUUGAAGAUGAGGAGGAUGAGGAAGAUAUAAAAGAAACUGAGACAGAGGAUGUAUAAGAUUGGUACGUAGACAAUGCAGAUUGUUUUGUCUCUGAUUUACUUUUAUUUUCUAUCUUGCCUGGCCUUUUGAAUUAUGCUGUAUUUGUUGCAAAACAUCUAAAUUUUACUUUCUUACAUUAUCUUUCUUUUUCUCAUAUUUUAGCUACUUUGUUACAGACCUUCCUCCAUAACACAAUGUUGAUGCAAUACCAGGACCAAAGGUGACAACUUUCUCUUCAAUCCCCUCCAAUUAAUUCUGGAUACAGGACAAUAAAAAUCAAUUGAGCCUUGGGUUGCUCGGCUUUUUGUUUUUGUACAUUUACUUUUCUCUUGAUAAAUUAGUUGGUUUACAACUUAAUUUGGAUUUCCCAAAUCUAAAUACUGUAUUUAACAUCGAAAGGUCAAAAGGAGCACACUAUCAAAUGGCGCUCAAGUAAUAUGGAAGGAGCAACACAUUCAGAAAACCAAAAAUGGAAGGAUUGGGAUGUGUUACCUGAAGUUAUUAUAAAGGAGUUGUCUUGUUUUGGAAGGUUAUGUAUUGAAUAUCAUUUCAAGUGAUUUGUUCUUUUUGGAUGAAGCGGUCAUGAUUUGGAUCAUAUCUUAAAUGUAUUUAACUUAAUAUGAAAGUUCCAUUACACAUAGAAGUGUAAUCUGAAAAUGCUCUGAUUGUGUUUAAUACAGGAGUGUACUAAAUUUGUAUUUAAAAUUAUGCUCCUGAAUAACAAACUGUUUUGUUUUUUGUUUUUUGUCUUUUUCAUGGAAUGAAGAAUAAGUCUUUAUAUACUUUGUUUCUAAACACAGCCAAAAAAAGGUUUUUAGUAUUUAGAUCUCUAAAUAUUUAACUCCUUUUAAACCAAUAUGCAACAUGCCACUCAUUCAUAAUUCAUUUGCAACAGUGCCUCUGAAACUUUUCAGUUUCCUUGAAAUUGGUCUCAGAUUAAGUAUUAUUGAUCUAUUGAUGAUUUUUAACUUUUUAUUUUUAUUUUUUUUUUACAGUAGUUGAAGUGGAUUAGUAUCUCUGUAAUUUAACAGUGGUUUAGGUAUGUAAUAUUAUGUUGUAUUCAUUAAACUGCAUUUUCUGUUUACCCACCAUGGGGGGCAUUUAUGUAGAGCAAUGCAGGCUGCACUGCCCAUUUGGUUUGUCUUUUAUUUGUAUUUUUUUGUAAAUAUUAAACAUUCUUACAAUGACCUAAAAUAUU